AUGGCUGCUGCAAUGACAAUACAAAGGGAUCUCGUAAUAAAUCUGAAAAAAGAGACUUUUGCCAAUGUUAAAAUACUUAACAAGCAUCAGUCGAUGCCACAGGACUUAGCAAGACAAGUACUCAGGGAUAAUGCAUUAGAUAAACCAACUCAGAAUGUAUUUAAUCACCUUGCUUACUAUUUGGUUUCCAUUAUCGAUUCCCAAGCUUGUAGUGCGUUACCGUGGCCUUUAUAUGAUUCUAAAACUGAAAGAGCAUAUAGAAAUGGCCUUGCUACCUUUAUUACUGACUAUGGCGAGAAGGGUCUUCUUACACCAGUUGUGUCUUCUUAUUUAGUCAACCCUGGGUGCUACAAAGUGACCAUGUUGACAUUUCAACUCUCGCAAGUAGCUGUCCAGCGCGUUCUAGAGUCGAAAAUGAAGAAAGCGAGUCAAAUUAAGUUGUAUAAAGAUAUCACAAACAAGUGUAAAUCAUUUUCAGUCACUAAUGAGGAAUUACAGCUAGCUGUAGAAAAACAAGUACAAAUAAAUGUGAGUAAGCGCUCUAAAUACCUAAGGAAGAGGCAGGCAAUAGAAGAAAUUGCCAGAAUGUUCCAGAAUAAUAUUCUGCAAAUGGAAGAACUAUUAAAAAACACAAAGGCGCAAAGUUAUAUUGACAACCUUGUUGAUGGUUACGUAAAAGAGUGUAAACCAAAUGGACAAACCAAGGAAGACAUUCUUGAGGUCAAGAACAUACAUGUACAGCCUAAAAUAUUUGAAAAAUAUCUCUUAGAAGUUGACAAACAAGUGAAUAAGUUAGAAUCUGAAUGGGACAGAAAAACUAGUCCAUUCCUAAACAUCUGUAAAGAAACUUUCAAAAAUACUGAAACAUUAAUAGCUAGACACACUGGAGCUGAUCAGUCAUCAUUUACAGUUGAGUAUAAUCAUAAAACCGAUGAAAUAAACACAAUUGAGCUCCAAAAACAUGUAAAUAGUGAACAAAAAUACGUACUAAAGAAUAUAGUAUGCGAUCAAAGGCUGAAUUUCCCAAACCUUAUAAGAGGAUUUCUUAUAUCAAUGAGUUUUAUAUUGAAGAAUACAGUCAUUGGAGAUGAUGUUUACGGAUUCAACAAAUGUUUGUAUGAAGGACAUGCACGAUAUGGUGAAAUUGUUUCCUCCAUGAGGACAUUAAUUGAACGGGUCAUGAAUGCUGAAAGCAGGAUGCAGUCCCAGUCUAAUAUAUCCAACCAGUCCGUAUCAAUAAGCCAUCUAACAGAUAUUCCACCAUUGCCCGAUCUUUCGGAUCUGAAGAUGAACCGAGGGUACCAUCCCCCAACAAUCUUACAACUGAACCGAACAAGACAACAGUUCAAUCUACGCAGAAAAAUGACUGAAACAUUUGGCAAACCUUUAUCAAAGUCAUUCUUAAUCACACCUAUGCACAGAGGUCCACCUGAAGAUUUUUUAAAGAGUGUAAUAUCUUGUCGUGUCAGUUCCUAUGACCAAAUGAGUGUCUCUCAGUUUAAUAACACCAUAUCCAGUAAUAUUAGACCUGAGAUUAAAGCAAAUGAAACCCAUUCUACAGGCUUUACAAAGCAACAACUUGAUCGAUUGCUUUCCACCAAAAAAAGCAUUACGAAAAAGCACACUACAAUGCGACAUGACAAGAUUAAGAAAAGGAAUUUGUUCAAUGAGUCUACAAUGUCUACUUUUAAUGGAAGCAUUUGUUUGACCCGUAGUCGCUCGUCGCCAAAUCUCCUUGAAGGUAAAGAAAAGACACGUGCACGACGGUUGUCUACAAUGAAGGAGGAUAGUCUAUCUGUUCUAGAAGUUUCUGGAAUAGUUGCUUUAAAUCAGGAUAGUAAUCAGAGCACGCCAAAAGAGACUUGUAGUUUAGAAAUUAGUAGAAAAGUGUCUGAGUUCAAUAGCAUGCCUUCUAUAACUGUGGUGUCAAGUAAAACUUCCAUCAAUUCAUCUAGCAAGACUUCUCUCAACGAAGGUGCAAGCAAGGACAUUGAUAUGCAAGUUGAAGUUCCGAAAAGGAUCAGUACAGAAUUAAGUGAAGAGCCCAAAUCAGAGACUCCCGCAUCAAACGCACGGUUAAUUAAAAAAACAGGAUCAUUAGAAAAAAUCAUUAACAGGUUUAAAAAGAUUCGUGCUAGUGUGCUUCCUGAGGUAAACCUUGAAACUAAAGAUUUCAAAACAAUAGACGAAGAAAAAGAAAACUUAAACAUGGUAAACUUAGAGUUGUUUAAGACAAACAGAAAUUUGCUACCUGAUUUACUUAGUCCAAGUUGUAGCACGAUAACGCAGAGAUCUAAUGAUAACUUCGAACAUUGGUUUGAUAGUGAUGAUGAUGUGCCAAGAAGGCCGAGGGAGAGCCUUGGAACUGCGCUGGGCGUAGAUCAUACAUUUUUAGAUCAGUUUGAUUUAGAUUCAGACUGAUAUCGACUUUUGAUUGUUAUAGACGCGUACAAAUGCGACGUUUCCAAAUUCUCCUACUGGGUGCUCCCACUGGUAGUAAGCAUGAGGAUGGGUAUGACCUUGUGCUCCUACUGGGUGGAAUGGUUACUCCAUAAGGAUAAAUAUAUUCCGCAAAUCAUGUGAAAGAAGACUUUAGAAACUCUCUUUUUCAUGUUAUUUUGAAAGUUUGUAGCGCGCAUGAACUAUCUAAUUAUGUACAGUCGGUGCCGUCACUUAUGUAUAAACUAUUUGUAUAGCUAGUACAAAUAGUGAAUACUUAAGUGAGGGCACCGGCUAUACAGUCAGCACCAUAAUUCGCUGAAAAGCUAUUAUGGUGCUAGCUAGAUAGUGAAGAAAGAACCGGUAAAUAAAAGCUUCUCAAAAAUUAAGUUUUGUUGAGAACUACGUUAAAUAAAAAGGACGAUAUUAUUGGGUCUAUUCCCAUUUUCCAACCCUUACCACUAGUUACACAAUUGGUGUCCAUUUGCGCGAAAGCAAACUAAACUUAAUUCAAGUUUUCUUGAAGUAUACAAGUGUGAGAAUGAGUCUAUUGUUAUUGUUAAGGACAAUAAAGGGAUUUUUGUUAUGAGCAAAUUUCAUAGUUCUAUAAACUUUGUCACAGUUAAAGUAAUAAUAAUAAUUCUUUAUUGGACAUUAAAAAUUACAAUCCUAUACAAUAUAGAACAGUAAUAGAAGGCACAAAGCACAAACGGCACAAAUUAACAGUGGACCCCGCACUAAGCUCGAGGCUUGUAUCGCGGGACCCAAUAUAAUAGACAACUUAUUUUGACUCUUACAUGAGCCAAUUAGUGCAAACAUACAUUAGUUACACAUGAGUACACGUUCUUAAUAUAAUUUAAGACCAUCAACCAAUUCGAUAGGGCAGUACUAAAUCAAAAUCUUCGAUAGAUAGAGUUUAUUAAUUUUUAAUUGUCUAUACCUUACAUAUUAAGCUAUAAAACUAAGUGUGUCCUUAAUCUACAAAGUCAUGAACACAUGCAUCAUAAUUUAAAAAAAAACAUUGGUGUUGGACAAUUAUUACUCAAGUCAGCGUCUGUUGCCACACCUGUGGCCCCAUUGCCGCAACAGACGCCUUGAUCUUUGCUUCACUAAUAAUAUCAAAUUAGUGGAGUAUUUUCACAAUAAACAUGAAUAUCAUUGUAGCAAAAACAUGAUAUUAACAAAAUAAGUAAAAUGUAGUAGUAAAUUUAUUGUAUAAUAUUAAGUUUAUUGAAUAUCACGAUAUCAUUUUUUGUGAAAUUACUAGCUUUUUAUAAUUAUUAAUACAAAAAUCGGCACUAAGAAAAAUUUCAUCAAUCGGACUGGAUUUGAAUCAGCGCCAUGCCUAAUGCUCUCCCAACUGAUCAACGGAACGAACCAGCAUAGUAUGCUGAAGACGCUGAUACGAAUCCGAUUUUUGUAUUUAUAAUUAUUUCAUAUUUUUGUUUUGCUUAUGACUUUAGAUGCAAAUAAAUAAAUAUUACUAUAUCGAAAUUAAGUUGCACUGCCGUGCCCGUACCGAUAACGAAACUCCCAGAAUUUAAAUAAAUCUUGUUUGCGUUUAGCCGAAUCAACGCCAAUGAAUUUAAAAUUAUUACAUAAAUCCAAAUCUAGAUAUGGUAUGCGAUGUCAACUGGUCAUCGUCACAUUGUCCAAUUUCCUAGCCAACAAUUAAAUAUCAAACUGAAGAAACUUUGUAAAUAACGUUCAGUAUUUAAUGUACUAAAAAUUAAAACUUCAGUGCGUCUACCAUGAGAUUACAGUGUCAAUUAGCGCUAGUAACCGCGUAAAAUGUUUAUAUACAAAAUGUUUUUUCUUUUUGUGACCGCUAGU